GGUGCGCUGUAUCUUGCCUUCGAAUUUUAUAUAAUUUUUUUGGCCAGAAACAGUGGCUGCCGAGCCUCACCAGACGAUACUAUUCUAAUCCGAAAAGUUUCGUCGUGCUUUCGGUAUCUCUCGCCAGGAGAAAUAAAAAGUUGGCCAGCUUUAAGCAAGCGGUUUCGUCCGAUCCGAGCGAAUUGUCUUCAGGGUCAAAAAAUAUCCUCCCUCUGCCUCCAAGUGAUUUGUUUACUUGAAAUUUUGGUCAACCGGAUACGUUGGUGUCUUUGUUUUAAUCAGAAAUUUCUAUAAUCAUGAAACAAAAAAUUAAUGAAGACAAAUUAGUUUUAGUUGGAUAGAUUUUCAUCCCUGACGCGAUUCAGGUUAGAUCGCUGGAGAACAAGUAAUCCUUAGAAAAUUAAUUAACAGCGAACUUUUAUGAACGCUGGAACGUUUGUAUUAUGAGGAAAGAAGUUCGACGAAAAGAUAAAAAUUGAUAAGGUAUUCGGAUAAAAAUUGGAUAAUUUGCGUUGUGAAGGAAGAAGCUUGGUGCAAAAAGGAAGAUCGCAUAGAGAAGAAUAUUUUAUUUCUGUUAGUGAUUUAGCUAGUACAGCAUUAGUUCAAGAUAUAUACUGGGAAUUAUCUACUAUUUAUUCAUAGCAUUUUAUGCAGCUUUAAUUCUACUGUUCUAAAUAUAGCAUAUUUAGUUCUGAAUUAUAGCUACAUAACGUGAUCGAUGAUAUCUCAAGCUAAAAUUCAUUUUAAUUAAUUUUGUAAUUACAACUGUCUUGCUUAAAUGUACCUCGGUAUCAGACAAGCAGUCAAACCAGUUUAUUACGUACGUAUUUCCAGUGAAUUUGGUAAUGGAAAAGAAGCAGCAUAUUACGAAUCGUAAAGGUAAUUCGAUAUUAAAGACAAGAAACGAGAGCAGUUUAUCAUAGAAAUGAAAGAGAUAGCCAAUCGUAGAUAACCAAACUAUCCAAUUACAAUCCAACUCGUCUGUCUGCACCAAUUAACCACGAGUUGCCAUACACGCCACAACCAACCACGAACCAACGCAAACCACUGUGCUCGACCAAUUAACUCACCGUUUCAAUACGCAACAACUUCACUAUACCGUCGUUAUUUUAUCUACGCUGCAAACGACGAAUCUUCCAAUAUCUUCAAACUCAACCGAACGAAAAGCGAAAGUUACGCUUCUCAUAUUCGUAUUGAUGUUUGUAUGGUGAAAGUUGCACCGUGUCAUGUCAUCGAACAACGUUCGCUACGAUUCUUCAUCGUUGUUGAAGAAAAAGAUUGAAACGGAGAAUAGAGAAGAGGAGGAACGAACAGAGGGGAAGGACAAAUGUCGAAAACCGUGGAAAACUUUGGACGCUCCUUUGGUCGAUCGCAAGGAUAACUUAUACGUAGCUGUUCGUCAGAACUUGCACAAGGUUAAUCGAGUUUCACAAAAUUCGCUGCCCCCGCUAAGAAACGCUGAAACUGGUAGUAGAAGUGGAGUGUCGCAGGAAUCGAGCAUGGGAAGAUUUUCCACCAUCAAGGCGUUCUUUGAUAUGGGCCAGGAGAAGGGAACAAGGUACACAUGUAGGACCACCAUGAUGGGCAAGCUGAAGAGGAUGCUGGAGUUGAGAAAACGAGAAGCGAGUUCCAUGGAAUCAACGAUGAACGGUUUGAAGAAAGACGUAAACGGCAAUAUAAUAUCAGACUAGAAGAGAACCACGAUGGGACUUGAAAGCUACUGUCGUUCUAUGAUCAGCGGAAGGAAAUCAUCGAAGAGGAAACAAACUGUUCAAGAAUCUAUCGCUGUUUUAUCGGAUAAUCCUCGGAAACGUGGGACGCGAGCAAAAUUAUAUUUUAAUUCCAUCUUUUGGUUGUUUCGUCGGAAAACGAUAUCGCGAAACCCGGAAAUACGAAGCAACACGAGCUCGUUUUCUAGUACAUCAGUUAAAGCUAUUUGCGGGGUUUAGACGAAAAAUCUUACAG